AUGUCCCAGUCUUUUGAAUACUCGCACGACGCUACCGUCAAAGCCAUCACAUCCUUUUAUGAAUUCAUGAAACGCAUGCAUGGAGAAGAGGAGGCGGUCCUGAAAUACCCGCCCCCCACCGGCUGGCCACAAAUCACGCACGAAUCUUUCGCCGGCCUGGAUAAGACGAAGGAGGUCAUUGAACUUUUGAGGCACAUUCCAUAUUUCGUUAUCGACCCAUGCAUCCUAGAGUCAACUAGGCCAAAAUGUUAUAUCGACAGUCAGUUCUGUGAGGAAAUCAAGAGAUGGCCUGCCCUCGAGCCCGCCGAGCUAGACAACGAAGAGGGCAGACUUCCGGGUUACAUCAUAAGCCUCGCAUCAGCCCGGGAGGAGCAGGUUGGGUGGACUCUCCUGCUUGACACCAAGCGUGGAGUUGUAAUACUGUGGAAGAACGACGGUAAUCUUCCCAAAUGGGCCUGGGAUUGGGAUGCGGAUAGGUACGAUGUGGAUGCAGACCCAUACGGGCCUCAGGGAUGGAAAUGCAUGCCGACCUACCGCAUCGAGACAUUCUUCGAAUUCUGCAAGGAGCAGUACAGAAUCAUGAACUGGACGCCAGAUCUUCUUCGGGGCGACGUAUGUCAGCCGAACGACAAUGACAACCUCUGCGAGGACGACUUGAGGAGGAGACAGAUAAUGAGUGAUGCUGGAUGGCCAGGCACCGAUGGAGACGGUACUGGAUGGGACAGAGAGAAAGCAGAGAAGGCUCUCGAAGAGUACGAGGAAGAGAUAAGGUCUAUGUAA